AUGGCGAAUUAUGUUAAGAAAAAGCUACAAUUACCUAAAUCAGUAUUAGACAUGAAGUUUAUGAAGAAAACAAAAGAUCGUAUCGAAAGGGAAAUAGAAAAUACUCAAGAUCAUGAUGGCUUAUAUUCCAAUAUUAUUACAAAUGAAAUGCGUCACGCUACUGGUAACUUUAUCACAGAAACCAGUUUUAUAGUUUGUGAAGACUUAUUAGAGGGCAGAUUGUCAUAUAAAGGCAUGAAUCCUGAAAUAGAGCGUCUCAUGGAGUUGGAAAGCAAAAAACAAGAACCAGCUCCUGAUAUGCAAAAAGAUAUAUCCGAUGAAAUACUGGCCAAAAAAAUGCAAUCCUUUAAUAAUAGAAAGAGAUCUUACAAUAGCCCUAGUAAAUAUAAUGUCAUUAAAAGAAAAAAGUGA